UCACUGGGUUCACGCGAAAUCAUCGACCAAGUGCAAGUCCAUUCUGCUCAAGGGGAACGAGAGGAUAAGCCAUGAGCGCCACCGACCAGUUUCCGCCUCGGCAUCUCAUCAGCGACGAGGACUCAGAUCAGGCUGGAAAAGGGGAGGGAAAUGCGGAUUCAACAGCAUCAGGCCUCCAGCAUGAGGGAGAGCGUCUCGCCCUCCCCUCGGCUCCCGCCAAUGAGGAAAAGGCACGUCAGCUUGAUGUCGCAUCAGGUGGCCGAGUGGCACUGGAUGAGCUCGGGCCGAUGGUGGUCAACAAAGACGGCACCCUCUCUCGCAUUCACAAUUGGGCAAGCAUGACGGAAAACGAGAGAGCGAAUACGCUUCGCGUGCUGGGCAAGAGGAAUCAGCUCAGAAUGGCGGAUUUGAGGGGAGAGACGGAGGCGGAGGAGCAAGGGCAGCAGGCCGAUGACAAGGCGUAGAGCGCUGCGGCGGUCCACUCUGAAGCCUCAUGGUCGGGGCUACCAGAACAGCAAUGCAGCGCCCAUUUUUCCGCGAUCGCACGGUCUUCCUACGCAACCUUCGAACCCAUCGGGGCGUGGCUGCCGCAGCGGCGUCAGCGUCCGGGCUUCAGCUUUCUGAUCGCCCCGCCUUCAGACUGAC